CCUAAAAACGAGAACACACAAGCGGAGGCAUUGCUUUUCAUUAGCUUCAUUGUUUCUUGAAUUACUUGAUUAUUACUUUAAUUUAAUUUCUACGAAAUGGUGUUCUACUUCAAGAGCAACGUUGUCCAGCCGGCGGCUACCCUCUACAUGGGCCGUGAUAAGUACGAGAACGAGGAGCUCAUUCGCUGGGGUUGGCCGGAGGAUGUGUGGUUCCAUGUCCAUGAUCUGUCUUCGGCUCACGUUUACCUUCGCCUCCGCAAGGGACAGACCAUUGAAGACAUUCCCUCCGAUGUGCUAGUGGACGCCGCCCAGCUCUGUAAGGCCAACAGCAUUCAGGGCAACAAGGUAAACAAUUUGGAGAUCGUGUACACCAUGUGGGAGAAUCUCAAGAAGACGCCUGGCAUGGAGCCCGGCCAGGUGGCCUAUCACGACGAAAAAGCGGUGCGCCGCAUUCGCCUUGAAAAGCGUGUCAACGAGAUUGUAAACCGUCUGAACAGGACCAAGACAGAGGAGGAGCACCCGGACCUUAGGGCGCAGCGUGAGGAACGCGACGCCGCCGAGCGCCAGGACCAGAAGAAGAUCCAGAGGGAGCGUCGUGAGCAGGAGAAGGAGGCGGCCAAGCAGCGCGCCCUGGAGGCGGAAUUGCGUAGCUAUGCCUCCUUGCAGAAGACGGAGAAUAUGCGUACUAACUAUGAUGCGGGCAACGAAUCGGAUGACUUCAUGUAGUGUUCCGCAAAAUAUGCAUUGCAUUUACCAAACACUCUCAGCUGUCCUCCCAAUUUUUUUUAUUAAAUUAUGAAAAUAUUACGUUAUUGUAA